ACUCUGUUUCUUUCUCACUCUCUCUCACUGCAAGCAAUUUGUUUUCUCAAGAAGAAGAAGAAGAAGAAGAUAACGAUGAAUGGAGCUAUAGGAGGUGACCUUUUGCUCAAUUACACGGACAUGUCGGUCCUAGAGCGCCAAAGGGCUCACCUCAAGUAUUUCAAUCCCAGCUUUGAUUCUCCUCUCGCCGGCUUCUUUGCCGAUUCAUCAAUGAUUAACGGCGGCGAGAUGGACGGCUUUCUUGCGACUGCCGGUUUGAAUCUUCCGAUGAUUUACGGGGAGACGACGGUGGAAGUUGAUCCAAGAAUGUCAAUUUCCCCGGAAACUACGCUUGGGACUGGAAAUUUCAAGAAAAGGAAGUUUGAUACAGUGACUAAGGAUUGUAAUGAGAAGAAGAAGAUGAUGAACAGAGAAGAAGUAACAGAAGAAGAAGAAGAAAAGUCGAAAAUAACAGAGCUAAACAAUGGGAGUCCAAAAAGCAUCAAGAAGAUGAAAAACAAAGCCAAGAAAGAAGAGAACAAUUGCUCUAACGAUUCAUCUAAAGUGACGAAGGAAUUGGAGAAAACGGAUUAUAUUCAUGUUCGUGCACGACGAGGCCAAGCCACUGAUAGUCACAGCAUAGCAGAACGAGUUAGAAGAGAAAAGAUUAGUGAGAGAAUGAAGUUUCUACAAGAUUUGGUUCCUGGAUGCGACAAGAUCACAGGCAAAGCAGGGAUGCUUGAUGAAAUCAUUAACUAUGUUCAGUCUCUUCAGAGACAAAUUGAGUUCUUAUCGAUGAAACUAGCAAUUGUGAAUCCAAGGCCGGAUUUUGAUACGGAUGACAUUUUUGCCAAAGAGGUUGUCUCAACUCCAAUGACUGUGGUGCCAUCUCCUGCAAUGGUUCAUUCCGGUUAUUCUCAUGAGAUAGUUCAUUCCGGCUAUCCCAAUGAGAUGGUUAAUUCCGGUUAUCAUCAUUUCAAUCCAAUGCAGCAACUGGAUACCACCAGUUCUGAUCCACUGUCAUGCUUCAACAAUGGCCAAGCUCCUUCAAUGUGGGACUCUGAUGUGCAGAAUCUUUAUGGGAGUUUAGGAGGUUCAUUGGAGGAUGAAGGAAGCUUAGAAGAAGCAGUGAGCAAAGUAGAUGUGGUGAUCUCAGCAAUUCCAUCAAAACAUGUUCUUGAUCAGAAACUCCUCAUCAAAGUCAUCAAACAAGCUGGUUCCAUCAAGAGGUUUAUUCCUGCUGAAUAUGGAGCAAAUCCUGAUAAAACUCAAAUCUCAGAUCUUGAUCAUGGGUUCUAUUCAAAGAAAUGUGAGAUCAAGCGUAUGAUAGAAUCAGAGGGGAUUCCAUAUACAUACAUUUGUUGUGGAUUGUUCAUGAGAAUUCUACUUCCAUCGCUUGUUCAACCGGGGCUUCAAUCGCCUCCAAUCGAUAAAGUCACAGUUUAUGGAGAUGGAAAUGUUAAAGCUGUGUUCGUGAAUGAUGUCGAUGUUGCAGCAUUUACCAUCAAAACGAUAGAUGAUCCUCGAACACUGAAUAAAACCUUGUACCUUAGACCGCCUGAAAACAUAUGUUCCAUGAAUGAUCUUGUUGAGCUCUGGGAGGGCAAGAUUGAGAAGAAGCUUGAGAAAACAUUUGUUACAGAGAAUCAACUUCUCAAGAAGAUCAAAGAAACUUCAUAUCCGGAUAACAUGGAGAUGGUCUUCAUAUACUCUGUCUUUAUCAAAGGAGAUCACACAUACUUCGACAUCGAGUCUUCAGGUGGAGUGAAUGGUACUGAGCUUUACCCUGAUGUCAAAUACAUGACCGUACAAAUGUCUCAACAUUUUAUGGGCUUAAACGACGAGAUUAAGACAGAAAGUUGUGUUCGUGGUUAUGAAUCUGCCUGGUUGGAUCGUUGGACUCGUAAACUCAGAGACGCCAACUGUUCCAAACAGAUGAACUUACCAGCAGAUGGUCACCUAUUGAAAGAGUCAACAGAUGGGGACGAAGAGGAAGCACGCAGUCAAGCUACUCAAAGUAAGAAUGUGGAACACUUUCUCAACACCAACUUGCUCAGAGAGUGCAAGCGUAUAUGGUCGGACUCUGAAACCAACAGUAGAUCACAUGUCAAACGUCUGAAGACAAACACAUCAGAUAACAGCGGAAAUGAAACCAAGAGCAUGAUGGUUUUCGAAGGACCAUCAUCAGGGAAGAAGGUGAACUACUUCUUCCACAGAAUAUUCGGAAUCAACAAACCCGGAUCCAGAAGAUAUCAAAAAUCCUCCACAUCACAAAUCAAGAAUCUGAAUAUGGGAGGAGGAGGAGAAGACGUUAACCCAUGGAUUCAGAGAUGGUGUAAGCAAAAUGCUGCAGAAACUCAUGAACCAAGAGGAGGGCAACAAGUUAACCCAAAGGCCACUGUGCUAGAGAAGCAGUUUCCAAGUAUUGCAGCAAUGGCAAUGAUGAGGAAGGCUCUGAGCGGUACAAACCCGACCGGCUGUAGAAAGACCAACUCCCUCUUCGUUUGGAAUGCUGAGGAUUUAAGGUGAACAAAUUCUGGCAUGCCAAUCUUGCUGGUGUCAGAACACAAUACAAAACUAGAAUCUACCUACUUCAAAUAAACUUGGAAUUGUGUC